AUGGCCGAGAACGAGAACGAUCCGAGCACACCCGCCUUGCGCAAAGAUGGAGUCCUUUCCCAGGCGGACAAGAUAGGACCGAAACUGGUGGGCAAAACAGAGAAACUGGAGGAGAAAUAUCGCGGGGCCACCGGUACCGACCUCUCCGAAAAGAACGAGAAGAAAGGCCCUGCUGGCGGGUACGAUGACACACCCCUACCCAAAGCGCCGCCAGGAUAUACCGUCAAGAUCACAUUUCACAAAGCCGAGAACCUACCCUUUUCCGACUUUGGCACUCUCUCUUCCGAUCCCUAUGUUCUAGCAGUUCUCCGCACGGAUCUGCCCAAGAGGCACAAGCAAGAUCCCGAUCUCAAAUUGAGGACGCCGACCAUCCAUCGCAACACAAACCCGGAAUGGGAGACCGAGUGGAUUGUCGGCAACAUCCCGGCCAGCGGGUUCCAUUUGAAGUGCAGAUUGUAUGACGAGGAUCCGUCCGACUACGAUGACCGUUUGGGAAAUGUACACAUCGAUGUACCCCACGUUGACGAGAACUGGAAAGGAUUCUCGCACCAGAAGUUUCAGUUGAAGAAGCGCAUGGGUAGUAAGAGAGCAUACACGUUCCGCGGAUGCGCCGCCCUGAUCUCGAGGAGAGUCAAAUUGAACGGAAGCCUCAUUGUCAGCGUGGAGAAUCUGGGUGAGACAGCGGCAGAGGACGGCGGUCGCGUAUACACAAUCGGUCCAUUACCAUGGAGUCGGCAUUUCUCUCCUCUGAUCGGGCGGAUAGCGGGGACGAAGGAGUCAGAGCAAAGAAAAGAUGGAAAGGAGAUCCAGAGAUACAACUUCCAAUCCGUGCAGAUGCAGCUGCGUGGACCCGUGCCAGCAGAUCUCUAUCACCGAUACGUCGAAUUCAGGCCCUUUGUUGCCGGGAUGUUUACUGCCCACACUCUGCGCGGUCGCCUGCUCAACCGCGCUUUGCACCAUCAGCACGCUCGAAUCUACAACUACGACAAAACCACCAAGUAUGGCGUCUUUCAAGAACCCUGCCCCGAGAUGACGAAGCUCUUUCUCGACUUUGUACACUACGACGAAGGAGGGCGCAUCUUCACUUAUGUGUUGACAUUGGAUGGACAACUACGCUUCACGGAAACAGGAAAAGAAUUCGGGAUCGAUUUGUUGAGCAAACAUACCAUGCAUAGUAACGUGAGCAUCUACAUCGCGUUCAGUGGCGAGUUUUUCAUCCGAAGAAUCAAACACGGAAAGGCACACAGGAACGAUGACAGUGUGCAUCCGACCGAGGAGACGCACCCUCCCUCGACUCCAUCCGAUGGGGAAAGAGACAAUAGUGGCACCAGCAGCGGCGGCGGCGGUAGCCCCAGCCAAGCGAGUGACGCACGGCCCCUGACAAACGGCACGACCUCCUCAGAGAGCAAAGAACCCUGGCAUUACGAACUUGUCAUCGACAACGACUCUGGGACAUACCGGCCGAAUGCGGCCAAACUUCCCAUCCUUCGCAGCUACCUCUCCGAAAACUUGCCCGGCCUCAAAGUCCGAACCCUCGACUGCCAAGCCGACGCCGAAUUGCAGCGGAAGCUGAAAAACGAACAGCGGGAAAAGAAGAAGCAAGCUCGCGGCGGCAAACAGGUCAUGUACCUGCAGAACCUGAGCAUGAGCAGUCUGAGCUCGAGUGAUGAGGAGGAUCUAGCCAACCGAGCUGCAGCGGGAGCGGACGGCCAGGUCCACGAGAGCAGGUACAAGAGGGAGAUGCACAAGUUUAUGGACGGAGGACGGGACCUGCAUCACGGCGAUGAUGAUGAUGACGACGAAGUGGAGCAAGGGUCAGAAAUCGCCAUCGAGCGCGAGAAGCCAGGGCAAGUCAAAGGCCAGCUUGGUGACGGGAUGCAUGGCGAUGCAGUUGGAAAGGGCAAAGAGAAGGACACCCCCGCGAACUAG